AUGCCCCAGAAGCCCCCCAGCCAAGAGCAGUCAAACCCCAGUGGAGGCCUGGAUGGCACAGGUGAGGGGGCUUCCCCAGCCCGGGAACCCAGCCCCCCCCGCAACCCUCCUCUCCCCGCUCCCUACUGCAACUGCCCGUGCUCCGGUUCCUCGCCCAUCUCCGGUCCCCCGCCCGCCAGAACGCCCGCGAGUUCGGCCGCAACGGCUCGGGAACGGCCGGCGUCCGCGUCUACAGCGCCGCCAGCCGGGUAGGAGCAGCGUCCGACCCCAGCGCCAGCACUCGCGCCACGCUCCGGGAACCAGGUGGAGCCGCUGCCGGGAGCUGCAAGGGGCCGAGAGCCGCAGGAAUGUUGCAACCAGAGAGGAACUCCCAGGGUUUUGGCUAUAAAUCCAGGCAAAAUUCUUUCACAUAUGAUGUCAAGCGAGAUGUGUACAAUGAGGAGACCUUUCAACAGGAACACAGAAGGAAGAGUAUUUCCUCUGGGAACUUGGACAUCGACAUCACCACGUUCAGACACCACGUCCAGUGCCGCCCUGACAUUUAGCUUGCUGACGAGGCAACUGAUUCCUCCUCUCAAUGUCUGUUAUGCGGCUUUCUGUUCUUCAGUAAUUUACAUCAUUUUGGGAUCAUGUCAUCAAAUGUCCAUUGGUUCCUUCUUCCUUGUGAGUGCUCUGAUGAUUGAUGUGCUGAGGUUGUACCCGUUCAACAAUGGCAACCUGAUUCUGGGAACUUUCAUCAAGGAUGACUUUUCCAAGCCCUCCUUCCUUGCGGACUAUAACAGAUCCUUGAGUGUGGUGGCAUCCACAACUUUUCUGACUGGGAUUAUUCAGCUCUCAAUGGGCUUGUUAGGUUUUGGCUUCGUCGCCACGUACCUUCCGGAGGCUGCGAUCAGCGCUUACCUGGCUGCCACGGCACUACACAUUAUCCUGUCCCAGCUGACCUGCAUCUUCGGGAUUAUGAUUAGUUUUCACGCUGGCCCCAUCUCCUUCUUCUAUAACAUAGUUAACUACUGUGUAACUCUCCCAAAAGCUAAUUCUACCAGCAUCCUACUAUUUCUAACUGCUGUUGUUGUGCUGAGAAUCAACAAAUGUAUCAGAAUUUCUUUCAAUCAGUACCCACUGGAGUUUCCUAUGGAAAUUUUUCUGAUUCUUGGCUUCACUGCAUUUGCCAACAAGAUAAGCAUGGCCACCGAAACCAGCAGGACGCUCAUUGAUAUGAUUCCUUAUAGCUUCAUGUUUCCUGUGACACCAGAUUUGAAGAUUCUUCCUGAACUUAUUUUAGAAGCCUUCUCCUUAGCUUUAGUGAGCUCCUCUCUGCUCAUAUUUCUGGGCAAGAAGAUUGCCAGUUACCAUAACUACUACGUGAAUUCCAACCAGGAUUUAAUAGCCAUUGGCCUUUGCAAUGUCAUCAGCUCAUUUUUUAGAUCUUGUGUGUUUACUGGUGCUAUUAUCAGGACGAUUAUCCAAGAUAAGACUGGAGGAAGACAGCAGUUUGCAUCUCUGGUAGGCGCAGGUGUGAUGCUGCUCCUGAUGGUGAAGGUGGGACACUUUUUCCAUGAAAUGCCAAAUGCUAUCCUGGCUGGUAUUAUUCUGAGCAACAUCCUACCCUACCUUGAAACCAUUUACAACCUACCCAGUCUAUGGAGGCAGAAUCAAUAUGACUGUGUUAUUUGGUUGGUGACAUUCACAUCUGCCAUUUUCCUGGGACUGGAUGUUGGGCUACUUGUUUCAGUAUCUUUUGCCUUCUUCAUCAUCACUGUUCGGUCACACAGAACUAAAAUCCUCCUCCUGGGUCAGAUCCCUAACACCAACAUAUAUAGAAACUUCAAUGACUAUCGGGAGGUCACAAACAUUCCUGGGGUGAAAAUCUUCCAGUGCUGUAACUCCAUCACUUUUGUCAACGUUAAUGACCUAAAGCACAAGCUGCUGAAAGAGGUUGAAAUGGUAAGAGUGCCGCUUAAAGAAGAAGAAGUGUUCCGUCUGUUUAAUCGAAGUGAAGGCUCACAGGAAGAAAAGAUUUGUCGUUGUUUCUGCAACUGUGACGAAGUGGAGCCAUCACCCAGGGUUGUCUACACGGAACAAUUUGAAAGUAAACAGGACCAAGACUCUUCCUCCAUUAACCUGAUCCGCUGCUCGCGUUUUGACAGCAUGAACAUGAGCCAGUCCAUGUCGGAUGAACAAGUACCUUACGCCCAAUCUUCCACCUCCCACAGAAACCCCGGACAAAACUACAAGGACGUGGACCAAGCCUGGCUUUCUAAUAACCCCUCUAGAAACAGCUCAAUGCCACUGCCUGGCAUUGCUGAAAAGCAGGGAAGGAACAGAUCAUUCCUCCCCUUCUCAGAUAGCUCUCUUCUAACCAGUAUCCACACCAUUAUCCUGGAUUUCUCCAUGGUCCAUUUUGUGGAUCCACAGGCUUCAGUGUCAUUAAGACAGAUGUGCAAUGCUUUCCAAAACGCAAACAUUUUGGUACUCAUUUCAGGAUGUCACUCUUCUGUGGUCAGGGCAUUUGAGAAGAAUGAUUUCUUUGACGCUGGCAUCACGAAGUCCCAGCUGUUCCUCACUCUCCAUGACGCUGUGCUGUUUGCCCUGUCAAGGAAGUUUCCAGAGUCAUCUGAGUUAAGCGUGGACGAAUCUGAGACAGUGAUACAGGAAACCUACUCAGAAACAGACAAGAAUGGAGUGUCAGGCCAUCUUCUAGAUGUCUCCAAACACAUAAAUUCAGACUACAGCAUGUUUCAGGAACCAAUAACAGAGGAGGAGUCGGAGCUAGACCUGGAGAUGGAGCCCCCGCUGGAGUCAGAACAAGAACCUGGGCUGGACCUAGAGCUGGACCUGGAUCGUGAGAUGGAGGCUGAGCUAGAGCCCGAACCAGAGGUAGAGCCUGAAUUGGAGCUCGAUCCUGAAUCUAAGUCCAAACCCAAACCAAGGGCUCAGACUUAUCCUCGGCAACAGUACUGGCCUCUCUAUCAGUCUAUGCCUCCCAGGUCCCCAACUCAGGAUCGGCCUAGGACACAGUCAUUGGAGAGGAGGAAUCUACCUAAGAAUUCAUAUUCACCCAAGGGCAAUAAAACCACAGAUCCUUAG